AUGAUCGAACAAGUUGUUGAAUACUGGUACGUGGUCUUACCAUUGGUAUUUAUCCUUCAUAAAGUAUUUGACAUGUGGCACACUCGUCGGUUGAUGAAGCAAUUGGGCGCUGCUCCUGUCACAAACCAAUUACACGACAAUUUUUUUGGUAUUAUCAACGGAUGGAAAGCACUUAAGUUCAAGAAAGAAGGUAGAGCUCAAGAAUAUAAUGAUUAUAAAUUUGCCAAUUCGAAAAUUCCAAGUGUGGGUACUUAUGUUAGUACCAUCUUUGGAACAAAGCUCCUCGUCACAAAAGAUCCGGAGAAUAUCAAAGCUUUAUUAGCAACCCAAUUCAGUGAUUUUUCCUUGGGUAAGAGGCAUACACUUUUCAAACCAUUAUUAGGUGACGGUAUUUUCACUUUGGAUGGAGAAGGUUGGAAACAUAGUCGAGCUAUGUUGAGACCACAGUUUGCAAGAGAACAAGUUGCCCAUGUCACUUCUUUAGAGCCACAUUUCCAAUUGUUGAAAAAACAUAUCCUCAAGAACAAAGGAGGUUUUUUUGAUAUCCAGGAAUUGUUUUUCCGAUUCACUGUUGAUUCAGCUACUGAGUUUUUGUUUGGUGAAUCAGUACACUCUUUGAAGGAUGAAACAAUUGGGUAUAACCAAGAUGAUAUCGACUUUGUUGGUAGAAAGGAUUUUGCGGAAUCGUUCAACAAGGCACAAGAGUAUCUUGCUAUUAGAACUUUGGUGCAAGAUUUUUAUUAUCUUGUAAACAAUCAGGAAUUCAGAGAUUGCAAUAAACUGGUACACAAGUUUACCAACUACUAUGUCCAAAGAGCAUUGGAUGCCACUCCUGAAGAGCUUGAAAAGCAAAGUGGAUAUGUUUUCUUGUAUGAAUUGGUUAAACAAACCAGAGACCCUAAUGUAUUGAGAGAUCAAUCAUUGAACAUCUUAUUAGCUGGUAGAGAUACCACUGCUGGGUUGUUGUCAUUUGCGGUAUUUGAACUUGCUAGGAAUCCACAUAUUUGGGCCAAAUUAAGAGAAGAUGUUGAAUCCCAAUUUGGUCUUGGUGAAGAAUCUCGCAUUGAAGAGAUUACCUUUGAAAGUUUAAAACGAUGUGAAUACUUGAAAGCUUUCCUUAACGAAACAUUACGUGUUUAUCCAAGUGUUCCAAGAAAUUUCAGAAUUGCUACCAAAAACACCACUUUACCAAGAGGUGGUGGUUCAGACGGCAAUUCUCCUGUUUUGGUCAAAAAGGGCGAGGCUGUUUCAUAUGGUAUAAAUUCUACUCACUUAGAUCCUGUCUAUUAUGGUGACGAUGCUGCAGAAUUUAGACCAGAAAGAUGGAACGAGCCAUCAACAAGAAAAUUGGGAUGGGCAUAUUUACCGUUCAACGGAGGCCCAAGAAUUUGUUUAGGUCAACAAUUUGCUUUAACCGAAGCGGGUUAUGUAUUGGUUAGAUUGGCCCAAAGUUUUGACACCUUGGAAUUGAAGCCACCAGUUGUGUAUCCACCAAAGAGAUUAACAAACUUGACUAUGUCUUUACAAGACGGAACUAUUGUCAAGAUCGAUUAG